AUGUCAAGAAGAUAUAUAUUCGUCGAUGAAGGGCAUCGACCCAUCCGCCGUAAGGUUCACACCUCAAACCUGUUCGAUCUGCUUCAACUUUCUCUUCGUGAAAGAAAUUAUUGCCGUGCGAACCGAAUCGUUGAAAUCUUGCUGCAGUGUCCCGAGGCGAACAUUGAAUUAAUUUGGCAAGCAGCCGUGGACGUACUGAGGCACCUUGGUUCCUCAAAGAAAGUCUGCUUGGAAUUUUUCAAUCAGUUAUUGAACGAGAUUUUGUUGGAGUUGAUCUUUUUCCAGAUGGACUCGGGAAAUCCGGUAGAGGCUCUCGAAACUCUUGAAACGUACUUGCCACAAGUGCCGUUCUGUGAUAAUCCACUUUUUCACGGUUAUGCAGGUUUAUUGGCUUAUGCAUUGUGGGAUCAUCUGGGUGUUGCCAUGGAUGUCUCUCGUUCACCAUCAAGUGAACGAAGGCGUGCAGAGGGUGCAGACAUCGAAGAAGAGGAUGAACCUCUUUUAGAAACAGAGAAUUAUGAUGACGAACAACAUAUGGAACGACGCAUGAGAUAUUAUGAUUUGAGCGCGAGGUCAUUUAAGAUGUCUUUAGACUUGGACAUCGGGAAUGACAUGUUCUUAGCGUACUAUAUCAAGCUAUUGUUGGCCGGCGGAGAUUUCGAAGAGGCGCUGCGUAUGAUUGACACUUUUUGUGAGAAAAAUCCGCGUAACCUGACUGGUCAUAGGAUCCGAUUCGAGACUCUGUACCGAUAUCGGGUUGAAGAUAAAAGAUGGAUCGAAGCUGGGGAAGAAUAUCACAAGAUAGAUCCAUCGAGUCCACCCGAGAAAGUGCUGAAUCCUUUGAUCAACCACUAUGAAAAAAUUAUAGGUAACAAAGGCCCUGUUCAGUUACUCGAAGGGCGCGAGAUUGUCGACGCCCUGAUCGAAACUCGCGCCGAUUGGUUACGAUCAAUUUCUUCGAACAGGAGUCAUAAGACCAAAGACCACGCAGGGCUUUACCUCUUGUUGGCCAUCCUUUUGGGAAAUUAUUCCAACGAGGAAAUGGCUGGCAACGCGGAAAAAUUCAGAGAGGGAGUGUUGCAAAUUACAUCAACCGGCUACGGUAGUCAAUCGAUUAAACGUGAAGUCGAUUUUCCCGGAGACGGAUUUUCGGAUCAAAGUGACAAUGAGACUGCUUCUGAACAUUCGGCGCCGCAUUAUGAUAAUGACGAGGAGUCGGAAGAUGCUUCCUCAAUUAAUAAAAGAAAUGAAUCUGAUUUCGAUGACCUAUUUGCGGAUGCCUUAAGCGGAAUGCUGUGA